AGCCCAAUGAUCCCAAACCUCCCUAAUCAACUCAAAUCACACAACACUCACUUAGACACCACCACCACCAAAGGCCAUGGCUUCUCUUGCAACCGUAGCCGCUGUCCAGCCCGCCACCAUCAAGGGCCUUGGUGGAAGCUCCCUCGCCGGAACAAAGCUCUACAUCAAGCCCACCCGUCAAAGCCUCAAGCCCAGAAACGUCAAAAGUGGAGCUGUGGUGGCGAAAUAUGGUGACAAAAGUGUCUACUUUGACCUUGAAGAUUUGGGCAACACCACCGGGCAAUGGGACUUGUACGGGUCAGAUGCCCCUUCACCAUACAACUCUCUUCAGAGCAAAUUCUUUGAGACAUUUGCAGCCCCAUUCACCAAGAGAGGAUUGCUUCUCAAGUUCUUGAUAUUAGGAGGUGCAUCCACCCUUGCCUACCUUAGCGCCACUGCCUCUGGUGACAUUCUACCGAUCAAGAAAGGUCCUCAACUCCCACCCCAGCCCGGGCCACGUGGCAAGAUCUAAGUUUACUUAAGGGGGGUUUUUUUUUUUUUUUUUUUUUUUUUUUUUUUUCUCUUUCUCUCUCAUUUUCUGAGCACUUCAUUGUUGUUUUAUGUACCUGUUUGAUUUUAGAAUUUGUAAGUAUGUUUUAAAGCGUACUUAAGACCCCUUAUUUGACUAAUCAAAAAGGUGUAUUUCAAGGUGCAAUUUAGGGGAUUGCUUU